AUGUCUUUGCCAAGCCCUGAUGUCAUUCUUUCCACUUCCCUGGCAAGCUAUCUUGACAGGAUGGACGGAAGCUCUUGGGGAUACUCCGCUCUUUUGAUCAAUUUGGUAGAACCCCAAACACUCGCAAUGUUCCUAUGCACAGCAAAUGUAGUCUUAGAAGGUGCCUGUGAACGAGUUACUGUGCGAGAUCUGUAUUCUGAUAUUCCCUUGGGUUUAUAUAUGAUCCGUGGGGAGAAUGUUGUCUUAAUCGGAGAGCUGGACUUGCAUGAGGAUCUUUCCCCACAUAUGACUUGUGUCUCAGCAGCAGAGAUAAAGAUAGUGAGUGCUACAUAUUUGGCUCAAAAAGAAGAAAGGGAAGUCAGGGACUUACAGGGUUCCCUGAGAAAGAGAAUGGAGUUUCUUGAUUUGGACUAG